UCUAGAUCAGACAGAGUUGGUUUGUUCGGCAGCGAACGCGAGGGAUCCCCUGUCCAACCGCCGUAUCUAUGGCCGCCAACGGCCAGCCGCCGGCGGCGGCCACCACCAUCGACGACCUCCCUGAAGGCCUGCUGCUCGAUAUCUUCCUCCGCCUUCCCUCCCUCUCGGACCUCGUCCGCGCCGCCCGCACCUGCCUGGCCUGGCGCAACCUGGUGACCAACUUUCCCCUCUUCCGCCGUCAAUUCAUCGACCUCCACCCGGCGCCCCUCCUCGGCCUCUUCUUCGACACACCGUUUCAAUUUGUCCCCGGCAUCCCCGCCUUCGCCCCCGCCCGCCGGAAUGAUCCGGAGCUCGUGGCCGCCAUCUUGAGCGGUGACUUCUUCCUCACCACCCUCCAGGCGCGCGACGGCCCGGAAGCUAACUGGAGCUUCCUCGACGCCUGUGGCGGCUACCUUCUCGUCCUCCAAGAGGACGAAAUAUUGCUCGCGCUGCUAAACCCCUUGGCACGGUGGGGCGGACGGUUCUUUGAUCUGAGGGACUCCCACAUCUUCGACGACGACGACGACCGCGAAGGUGAUCGUCGACUCGUUUACGGCGGCCUGAUCUGCGAUGACGAAAACCCCACGAGCUUUCGCAUCUUCUGUCUUGCUUCCCAUGGAGAGUUCAGGUUGCGGGCUGCGGUCUUCUUCUCGUUCUUGGGAAUGGGCGGCAAUUGGUUCCUCUCCCCAUGGUUGGAUGUCCCGCACCAUCCCCAUGGUCUUUCGCUUGAUAACGGCAUGCGAGUGGGUAAUUUCAUCUACUGGCCUUACCUGGAUCGUUCGUAUGUGGUUGUCUUGGACCCCGACCCAUACAACCCGCGAUUGUUUGUUGAGAUGAUCCCACCUCUCCUGAAUCUGGAUGGUUUUCACAGCUCGAUCCUUGGCCAAAUCAAUGGCGAUAACAUGUGCAUUGCUUAUUCAUAUGGAUUCAACAUCGGUUCCAUGCGGCGUCAAGAAGAUGGCCUUGAUGCUGGGGCAUGGACAAACAGCGGGGUAUUCAACCUGGCUGAUGCAGUUGAAAGGAAGCUUGGGCAAUUACCCGAGAAUGGGCUGGAAAUUGCGGCAAUGCGGGGUAGCAUCGUGUACUUUACAACAUUGGAGAUGUUCCAUCCGCUCAAGGACGCUUGUUGGUUCGCUUGUCUGUGCUUGGAAAGUGGCAGGCUGGAGUGGUUGUUUCCGAGGACUUAUAAUGGUUUCUUCCAACCAUACCACCAUCCGUCCUGGAGUACUUUUCUGUUACCAGAGAAUGAAAGAUUUUAUCCCUUCAUAUGAGGAAUGAUGACAACCAGAGAAGGAUAGUCUGUGAAAAGCAUUGCCUUGUUCUCCUACUAAAUCAAGACAUCCAGCUACCAUCCAGAACUGAUCUCUUCUUUCGACCUGCAUCACGCUGAAGGUCCUGACGAAGUUCCUUGAUAUUAAGGAUUCAAUGACAAGUCAAUCCUGUAUUUUCAUCGUUUAUGGUAAUUGUGUUGUCUUCUGUUACCAAACUUACCAUUUACAUUGUGGGUGCAUUACAUCAUCUGUUCCUUGACAUUCAGGAUUCAGUGAUAACUCAAUCCUGUGUAUUUUGAUCAUUUAUGGUAAUUGUGUUGUCUGGUACCAAAUGUAUUAUUUACAUUGUGGGUGAAUUACUUCA